AUGUCAGAAAACACCAAUGUGCCCAGAUGGCGGCGCUUUCUGGGCACCGGCGCCGGCUCUACUGUUGCCCCCCGUCAGAAUGAUGCUUACGGGCCGUCGAAAUGGAGCAUGGGAGUUUUGAACGACAAAGAGACCAUCGAGGUUCCAGGCUCUGUUCUUCUCCUUGCGUCGCAUCGCAAUGAACCGCUUGGUCUGCGAAACGUUCAUGCGAGAAACUCCCAUUCUUCUAUUCCCACUGGCUUUGCUGUCGACGAGCGGAGAGCAUCAGCCUCUUCAGCAGCCGCGGCGGCAGCAGCUGCAUCAGUUGCGGCGGAGAGCCAUCGUCCAGCCAGUUCGAGCCGUCCGGCCAGUGCGAAUGAAGGCAAGAAGAAGACAAGUGACGGCGCCAUCAUCCUGGAACCCCAACCCGAGGACUCGGGAAACGACCCUCUGAAUUGGCCGUCCUGGAAACGAGAUGCUGCUCUUUUGUCACUCGGGUUUUAUUGCAUGAUUGGUGGUGGUACCACUCCCUUGAUUGCUGCUGGCUUCACGGAUGUCGCCGAAGAGUACGACGUCGACGUGGAGAGAGUGGCUCUGACCACUGGACUUUACAUGAUGGGAAUGGGUCUUGGUUCAGUUGUGUUCUCACCAACUGCCAUUCUUUAUGGUAAGCGCCCAGUAUACUUGGCUAGCGCCGUCAUGUUCAUUGGCACAUCGCUCUGGUCUGCAUGGUCUCCAAGCUUCAGCUCUCUCCUGGCAGCCAGAGUCUUUCAAGGCUUUGCCGUCGCCCCAGUCGAAUGUCUCCCCUCAGCUACGAUCGCCGAGAUCUUUUUCCUUCAUGAGCGAGCAUACCGUAUCGGUAUCUACACCCUCCUUUUGCUUGGUGGCAAGAACAUAGUCCCUCUCGUUAGCGCAGUCAUCAUUGGUAGUCUCGGAUGGCGCUGGACCUUCUGGAUCUUGGCCAUGAUUAUUGGCUUGGGCGCUGUACUCCUCUUCUUAUUUGUCCCCGAGACAUUUUGGGACCGAACACCUCACGCAAGACCCAAGCAUCCGUCCAAGAGGCCAAGCUUCCUCCGCCGGCUCUCAUCUCGUCACCAGCAGGUUCAACGACCCGUAGAAGAAGAAAAGGUACUUGAGCCCGAGCGUGAAGAACACUCGGUUGAAGCAUCUCCUGCCCAAGACGGACGACAGUCGCCUGCUCCCUCCCAUCACUCCCACCACCAACGAGCUAGAAACCUCCAUGUGGGCUUUGCUGGGCCUGACGCUGCCGACAAAGAGACCACAGCCCCCGAAGUCGACUCUGACUCACCCAAGGCAUUGGCGAAUUCUUCGGAUAAAGACUUAGCUUCGCCUUCUGGUGCCGAUACCACAACUGGGAGCGAUUCCUUCAACAACCCAUUCAAGCUGGGCCCGAGCCUCGAGAACGAAAAGUUGGACGCUUCGGACUUGGAGGGCCCCCAGAAAGUCAAAGCAUACACGCACAACCUCCGCCAACAACCCCCGAAGUCAUUUACCCAAACUCUGAAGCCUUGGCAUGGACGACUCAACGGUGACAGUUGGCUCAAGGUUAUGAUUCGCCCCUUCGUACUCUAUGCAUACCCCGCCGUUUUGUGGUCAUCUGCCGUAUAUGCCUGCUCUGUCGGCUGGCUGAUUGUUAUCUCUGAGUCGAUUGCCAUGAUUUACCGCAACUCAGAGUCUUAUAACUUUACUGCUCUCCAGACGGGUCUGGUGUACCUCUCGCCGUUCAUCGGCGGCAUCCUGGGAACCGGUGUUGCAGGCAAGGUCAGUGACGUUAUUGUCAAGAUAAUGUCUCGUCGUAAUGGUGGUCUAUACGAGCCCGAGUUUCGUCUUGUCAUGGCCAUCCCUAUUCUGAUUACCACCUGCAUCGGCCUUAUGGGAUUUGGUUGGUCGGCCGAGGAGAAAGACCACUGGAUGGUCCCCACCUUCUUCUUCGGUGUUGUUUCGUUUGGAUGCUCGCUUGGCUCGACAACAGCCAUCACGUUCUGCGUCGACAGCUACCGUCAAUACGCAGGAGAGGCUUUGGUGACUCUCAACUUUUCAAAGAAUAUCCUGCACGGUCUUGUUUUCAGUCUCUUUGUUACCCAUUGGCUCCACGGAGAGGGUCCCAAGAUGGUCUAUAUCUGGAUUGGUGUCAUCCAGCUGGUCUUGAUGCUUUUCACGAUUCCCAUGUACAUUUAUGGCAAGAGGGCUCGCAUGUGGACUGUCCGGGCCAACUUGAUGGAGAAGUUUUGA